CCACGUUUGUCCGAUCGCGUUCGGCUGUGAUCUAUUUGAGUGAUACGAUCCGUGACGUCAGCCGGUUAAUCGUUAAUUUCCGAUCACGCCGCGCGUAACGACGUUCAGUCGCGCCGGCUUGAAGCAACUGGGACUUAAAAAGUUCCUGUCUGAGGACGCUGGUCUGGGUUCACCGGUGUCAUGGGGUCUAACGGAGACCUAAAUGCAAACUCAGAGUGUCUCAGCAGCACUGGGGAUUUGAUCCUCGACAAAGCGAUAAAUCAAUGGAUUACCUGGGAUAAGAAUCCACAGACGCUGGAGCAGAUCCUGUCUCUGGUUCGGGAGGGGCGCGUGGCUGAACUAAAGAGGAGGUUGUGCUCCAGGAUGACGUUUGGAACGGCCGGUCUGAGAGCUGCCAUGGGUGCAGGGUUUGCUUGCAUCAAUGACCUAACCGUCAUCCAGUCUACACAGGGGAUGUACAAAUAUUUAGCCAAAUAUUUUCCUGACCUGAACACAAGAGGCCUGGUGGUCGGAUAUGACACACGUGCCCAAGCAAGCAGUGGCUGCACAAGUGAACGACUUGCGAGGUUGACCGCAGCUGUUAUGCUUUCUAAAGAUAUUCCCGUCUAUCUGUUCUCUACAUAUGUGCCUACCCCAUUUGUGCCGUAUGCCGUGGUGAAGUUUGGUGCUGCAGCUGGAGUUAUGAUCACUGCUUCUCAUAACAGAAAAGAAGACAAUGGAUACAAGGUUUACUGGCACAAUGGUGCGCAGAUCUCCUCACCACAUGAUAAGGAGAUCUUGCGUUGCAUUGAGGAGAGUCCCGAACCCUGGCAUGAGUCUUGGAACGAGGGCCUAGUUGAGAGCAGUAAGCUAAUGAGAGACCCACUGGAGGAAAUCUGCCGCUGGUACAUGGAAGAGCUAAGAACUGUCUGCUUCCACAGAGAACUUAAUGCAAAGUCACCGCUGAAGUUUGUGCACUCAUCUUUCCAUGGUGUUGCUCACAAUUACGUCCAGAGAGCUUUUCAGCAGUUUGGCUUUGCUCCUCCAAUACCAGUUCCAGAACAGAAAGAUCCGGAUCCAGAUUUUUCCACUGUCAGUUGUCCUAACCCAGAGGAAGGAGAAUCAGUUCUGGAGCUUUCUCUUCGUUUGGCUGAAAGAGAAAAAGCGUCUGUUGUGGUGGCCACUGACCCUGAUGCUGAUCGACUGGCUGUUGCAGAGCAAAAUGACAAUUUCGGUUGGAAAGUGUUCACGGGAAAUGAAUUGGCCGCAUUGCUAGGCUGGUGGAUGUUAUUUAAUUGGAAGGAAACUCACCCAGAUCCAGCGGACACAGAGAGAGUGUACAUGCUGGCCACCACCGUUUCCUCCAAAAUACUGAAGGCCUUCGCACGCAUAGAAGGUUUUCAUUUUGAGGAAACAUUACCUGGAUUCAAAUGGAUCGGGAAUAGAAUCUACGAGUUAACGAAAAUGGGAAAGGAUGUCAUUUUCUCUUUUGAAGAGUCCAUUGGGUUUCUGUGUGGAAACAUGGUUCUUGAUAAGGAUGGAGUCAGCACAGCUGUUAUUGUGGCUGAGAUGGCUGCUUAUCUACACACCAAAAAUCUUUCACUGAGUCAACAACUGUGCAACAUCUAUGAAAUAUACGGCUAUCACAUUUCCAGAACCUCCUAUGUCAUCUGCAACGAGCCCCUCACUAUUAAUAAAAUAUUUAGCCGUCUACGCAACUUUGGAGAUCAGGGUGUAUAUCCAGGAUUAUGUGGUGGUUACUGCAUCACACACAUUAGAGACGUGACCACUGGUUAUGACAGCAGUCAGCCAGAUAAAAAAUGUGUCCUUCCCUUGUCAAAAAACAGCCAAAUGGUCACAUUCACAUUUCAGAAUGGCAUUGUUGCUACUCUUAGGACCAGCGGGACUGAGCCAAAGAUCAAGUAUUAUACAGAGUUUUGUGCGUCGCCAGGAGAACGGGAUAUCUCCAGCCUGGAGGAGGAAUUAACAAAAGUGACCACAGCUGUAGUGGAAGAGUUUUUAGAGCCCGAUAAGAACAACCUGAUUCGCAGAUCACUAUAGCUUUAUUUUAGAUGUAGCGGCAAGUUUGUUGUCCUCAGUGGUAUCCUGUUAAAAAUCAGUUCCAAAAGCAUUUCAGUGAACCGUCCUGUGAAUAUUAUUUUAGCACUGUGAAAUGAUUUGAAGCAUAUUUAUUUUGUGUCUCUCAGUCAAAGAAGAACUCUUAGGUAAAUAUGACUGCUUGUUUUUGUUUUCAAGUGAUUUGUUUUCUUUUGAACACCACUGUGAAUGGAUCUCAGUCAGAGAGAAUAAAGUUUUAUUCUGUAGCGUUUUUCAAGAACUUAAAUUGGACUUGGUGUGUUCUGUAUCAUUUGUAUUGUAGUUCUUUUGUAGGACCGUCGUGAUUUGAUGAGCUUUAUUACUCAUUUGUUUUCUCUGAGACUUUACUGAUGGAGGUGCUGCUACCUUUUAAAGCUCUAUGAGCAUGUGUAUUUGUGUGUAUUUAUGAGCUUGCGUGCAUAUAUAGAAAUAUUGACGCUCGCACACAGUGUUUGUAAGCAUUGAUAAUCAGGAAAAAGGCAGGGUGGCAUUUUGAUGCUUUGUUUUAAUAUGCUGGAAACGCACAGGGUUUGCAAAUAAGUGGAAGCUGCUACUGUCAAUGUCAAGACAAAUAUUUUAAAAGAGCAUAUGAUUUGUUUUUGAAAGAACAUAAUUUAUUUUGUUUAAUGGGUAGAUUUUACACUACUAGAUGCAAUGAAAUGUAUGCUUAACAUUCUCCUCCCUAUUCAGUAGCUCCUUAUGUCUCAUUUAAUGUCAAGAGUGAGUCAGAUGACUUUGACUUUAUUGCGAGGAGAAAGAUUUUAUGGUUCAGUCUUUAGCCAUUUGGUCACUCCAAUACCAAGCUAACACUUCGCUUGCAGCCCCUGCUAAAAGUAACAAUAUUUAGGCAUAUUUUUCUUGCUUAUACUGUAGUUUAAAUGCAAGUGCAGUGUUCAAUUUAGACAAUAAUAAAUAUUUAUGAAAUUGCAAUAAUAAAA